AUGAAGUCCUUCAUUGCUUCCAUUGCGUCUCUAGUUGCUCUCGGGGAGUGCCUUUCUUUGCCUCCUCUCAUUCCCACCAUUCCUGGGGUGACUGAGCCUCUGACUAGCAAUGCUCCUCCUCUGCCUAUUUUGCAAAUCCCUACUCCUCCACUGGAGAGCCCUCCGUUCACCCCGAGUGAUAUCAAGCCAAAGAAAAUUGGCUACUUCUGGACUGGCUCCGCUGACAAGUUCCACAAGGAUUUCCUCGCAACCUACAGUUUGGAUGAUGAUACCUUCGGCACCCUUCUUUGGGUGACUGAUGUACCUAGCAGUGGUAAUGAUCCCCACCAUCUUGGACCGUCCCUUGAUGGGAAGACCAUCUGGGGUGGUGGAUUGCUUUCCCUUUUGAAGACUCAAGAUACCGGUUUCUAUUUCGAUACCUCCAAUCCAUACCGUCCGGAAUUCCUGAAAAGUAACCGCGGUAUUCUCGCCUCUGUUGCGGAUGAGGUCCGAGCAAAGCCAGAUGGUGGAUUCUUUAUUACCUACAUGGGUUCAGCCGUGGGGACUUCACCCGGUCGUCUCGUUGAGACCGAUGCCGACUUCAACAUCAUCCAUGAAUGGCCCGAGGAUGUUGAGGGUACCCUCAAUAUUCUCGGACAGCAAUUCUCCCCUCACGGACUGAGCAUCGAUUGGGAGAAGAAAUUGAUUUUGACUUCUGACUUCGUGGAGCCAAUUUCUAUUUUGAAGCCCAGCCUUGGCGUGCGUCGUGCUGAUACCCUACGUCUGUGGGAUCUGGACUCGAGAAAAAUUCUCAGCACUUUGACUAUUCCCAAUGGCGGUGGUAUCCAAGACGUCAAGUUCAUCCCCGGACACCCCGAAUCUGCUGCUAUCGCAACUGCCGUGCACCUCGGUCAACUCUGGGUUAUUUACCCUCUGCGCAAAGAUGCCCACGGUAAACAAGGUGUGAUCGAGGAACUUUACGACCUCGGUCCCAAGGCCCGUGAUACCAUUGCUAUCUACUCCGACAUCAGCCAAGACGGGAAAUUCUUCUACGCCACUCUCACCACAGCCAACCACGUUGCGGCUCUGGACAUCAGCGAUCUUGACAACAUCAAGCGUCUCGAUGACCCCGAUGAGGACCAGCCCACUGUCGGACCCCAUUACGUGAAGGUCACUCCUGACCAGAAACACCUCAUUGUUACGGACUACUUUGUCCAGACUGGAGAUAUCGGCAUUAUCAAUACGCCGGCUGACUUCAAGGCGCACUAUAUCGAUCUCAACAAGGAUGGUAGUCUUUCUUUCAACCGGAGUAUUGACUUCAACAAGGAAUUUGCCAAUCGGGGUGGUGCCAAGCCUCACUCGAGUGUGAUCUUUGACCUUACUGAUCCUGAGAACCCUCUCUACUAUUGA